CCAAAGUGGCAAGGACGAUGCUGGGCCGAGGCCGCCCCUGAAAGUUUGCGGAGCGUGGAGCCCCGCCAGGGUCGCGGGCGCUGCAGGAUGGCUGGUGGCGGGAGGGGCGCGCCGGCCACCCGAGGGGCUGCAGCCGGCUCACUGGGCUGAGGCGGGCGCCCGCGCUCCGGGCCCGCAGCGGCCGCUCCGCAGAGGCCCGGCCGCGGCGGGGAGGGAGGCCCCGGCCCCGGCCCGAGUCGGCGCGGGUGCGGCGGGAGGCGCGCAAGCUGCCCCGGCGGGGCCGCGGGCCUGCGGCGGAGCCGGCGCGCAGGGCCGGGCGCCGAGGGCGCGGCGUAGGCGGCGGGCCCGGUAUUUAUAGCGGUGGCAGCAGGGCCGCCGCCAGGCCCAGCUGGCCGGUCCCCCGCGCGUCGCUCGCGGCCCUCGGUGCGCUCCGGCCCUGAAGCUCUGAAGGAUGGGUAAAGACUUCCGUUACUACUUCCAGCAUCCCUGGUCGCGCAUGAUUGUGGCUUACCUGGUGAUCUUCUUCAACUUCUUAAUAUUCGCGGAGGACCCGGUCUCUCACAGCCAGACCGAAGCCAAUGUCAUCGUGGUCGGAAACUGCUUCUCGUUUGUGACCAAUAAAUACCCCAGAGGGCUUGGCUGGAGGGUGCUGAAGGUGCUGCUGUGGCUGCUGGCCAUCCUCACCGGCCUCGUAGCUGGCAAAUUUCUCUUCCACCAGCGUCUGUUCGGUCAGCUGCUGCGGCUGAAGAUGUUCCGGGAGGACCACGGGUCGUGGAUGACGAUGUUCUUCAGCACGAUCCUCUUCCUCUUCAUUUUUUCCCACAUCUACAACACGAUUCUUCUGAUGGAUGGAAGCAUGGGAGCCUACAUCAUUACAGACUACAUGGGCAUCAGAAACGAGAGUUUCAUGAAAUUGGCCGCAGUAGGGACCUGGAUGGGGGACUUUGUCACAGCGUGGAUGGUCACGGAUAUGAUGCUGCAGGACAAGCCCUACCCCGACUGGGGAAAAUCCGCGAGAGCCUUCUGGAAGAGGGGCAACGUCAGGAUCACCCUGUUCUGGACGGUGCUGUUCACUCUGACUUCUGUGGUCGUCCUCGUCAUCACCACCGACUGGAUCAGCUGGGACAAGCUGAAUCGGGGCUUCCUGCCCAGCGAUGAAGUCUCCAGAGCGUUCCUCGCGUCCUUCAUCCUGGUCUUUGACCUGCUGAUCGUGAUGCAGGACUGGGAGUUCCCGCAUUUCAUGGGUGACGUGGACGUCAAUCUCCCUGGGCUGCACACCCCUCACAUGCAGUUCAAGAUCCCUUUCUUCCAGAAGAUCUUCAAGGAGGAAUACCGCAUCCACAUCACAGGUAAAUGGUUUAACUAUGGAAUUAUCUUCCUCGUCUUGAUUUUGGAUCUUAAUAUGUGGAAGAACCAAAUAUUCUAUAAACCUCAUGAAUAUGGCCAGUAUAUCGGCCCAGGGCAGAAGAUCUACACCGUGAAAGAUUCGGAGAGCUUGAAGGACUUGAACAGAACCAGGCUCUCCUGGGAGUGGCGGUCCAAUCACACCAACCCACGGACGAAUAAAACGUACGUGGAGGGAGACAUGUUCCUGCACAGCAGGUUCAUAGGGGCCAGCCUCGACGUCAAGUGCCUGGCUUUUGUUCCCAGCUUGAUUGCCUUUGUGUGGUUUGGAUUCUUCAUCUGGUUCUUCGGACGGUUUCUGAAAAAUGAGCAGGGCAUGGAGAAUCAAGACAAAACGUACACUCGCAUGAGAAGGAAGUCUCCCUCGGAACACAGCAAGGACAUGGGCAUCACCCGGGAGAACACCCAGGCGUCCGUGGAGGACCCGCUGAACGACCCCCCCAUGGUGUGCAUCAGGCCUGACUUCAACGAGAUCGUCUACAAGUCCUCCCACCUGACCUCGGAAAACCUGAGCUCGCACCUGAAUGAAGCUGCCAGUGCCACAGAGACCGACCAGGACCCAGUGACGCCCAAAGCCUCCCCCACGAACUAGAGCCCCCCCACUUGGAGACAGCGCAGAAAGCAGCCUUGGGUGCAACUUUAGAACGGUAGUCCCUUCCUUUUGUCACUGUCGGGUUUACGUAGCAUUAGGAACACAGACGAUGCCACAACGGUGCUCAACAUGCUUUUCUAGGACUCCUUGUUUUCUACUUGUAUUCUAAGACAUGUGCCUCCAGUACGUCCAGACAGACCCCUAGAGGUUGCUUCCACAGUUGCACAAGCUGCUUGCUGACUUCACGGCGCGUAGAAGAUCCGCUGACUCCCCGUGUAUCUGAUGUUCAACCAUAGUGGUGCCUUGAGACACUAAACCGUCUCUAACUGUCGCAGGAACGAGCGUGAGACAGCUCUCACCUGUUUCACAGGGCGGUUUUGUACACACUCGUUUUGAUCCACCCUUGAUGUCUGAGCAGAGAACAGGCAUAGCUGAGACGGCUCAGGAAGUCUCUCCGUUCCUCCCUGGGCAGCAUCCUUGGUGUCGUUGACAGCUGGGCUGCAGAGAAGCAAGGGGACAACCUUUUCAUUUCCAUUGGCUGUCGGCCAAAUAAGAGUACAGGCGCGAAACUCAGUCCUAGGAGAAAUGCAGUCCAGCGUGGGUCACUGCUCGUGAAAUGCGACUUUCUCCAGCCAGUAAUUGCAAUUAGGCGAUAAUACCUAAUUAUGUUUUCCUAAUUAAAGAUAAAUUGCUACUUGAUUAAAAAUCCUGCCCUUCACCUUUGGGAACAAAGGUUAAGUGGCACAGUUGGGUGAACACUCAAAUUUAUUGGCAUUUGCACAAAGCCCUGGGUGAGCGCUUUUAAUCACAGGAGGCUGGCAAGGCCACCAUCUCCAAUAUGUGUGCAUUUGUCUGCAGAUAGGACCCAGGACGGCUGGUGUUGGAAAACGCAGGCCAGCACUGAGCCAGGGAGCUCCUCGGAAGCUCAGGCCACGGAAGCUUGCGGGGUGGGAGACGCAGUGCAUGAAAGCAUCUGCCUAGUGUCUUGUUCGGUGUGUACGUGUUUCUGUUUUUAAAGAACUAAACAUCGCACAUUAAUAAAUAAGCAUACAUCAGUAA